GUUUGUUGACGCCUUAGUUACAAUCAGAAACAGACACAACGAUGUCGUGCCGACCAUGGCCCAGGGCAUCAUCGAGUACAAAGAGGCCUUCCCCCAGGACCCGGUAACCAACCAGAACAUCCAGUACUUUCUGGAUCGCUUUUACAUGAGCCGCAUCUCCAUUCGGAUGCUCAUCAACCAGCACACUCUUAUUUUUGAAGGUACUCUGAACCCGGUUCACCCAAACACUAUUGGGAGCAUUGACCCUCACUGUCAAGUUGGAGAUGUAGUUCAAGAUGCCUUCCACAGUGCCAAGAUGCUGUGUGACCAGUACUACCUCCGCUCCCCUGAUCUGAUCCUGCAGGAGAUGUGCAGCAAGAAGAAGAAGAACCUUCCAAUGACCAUCGUAUACGUGCCCUCUCACCUUUAUCACAUGCUGUUUGAGCUCUUCAAGAAUGCAAUGAGGGCCACCAUUGAGACACACGACAAUAGCAACAGCCUUCCACCCAUUCAAGUCCUGGUGUCACUUGGAGACGAGGACUUGUCAAUCAAGGACGUGUUACUACUUGUUCUGAUGGAUACAUGCACAGCCAGUGAUUCAGCACACGAUAAAGAAAGCACUGCUAAAAGUGAAGUAGUUUAAGGUAUGGUUGCUAAU